AUGCUCUUUUUACCUUUCCUCUGCCCGGCUCUCCUAACCCUCCUCACAUUUACCCCUCUCACCACAGCCGCCAAACCUAAAAAUGCUAUCCUACUAUCGAAAGUGAAGACACUUACUCUACGCGACAAUGCACAAACCUCUCACCGUCGUGUCUCGGGCGUCCCGCAGCUCACAUGUAAUGGUCCUGGAUGUCGACAUUACAAAGUCGACGUAAUGCGUUGUACCAAUCAAGGCUCUGAUUAUUCUUCCGAAGAUAUCCAAUGGUCGUGCACGGCAAACCUCCCCGAAGAGUUUAAGCUGGGAAGUACGGACGUCAUAUGCGAGGGAUAUGAUAGUAAGGACGAUGAAUACGUGCUAAAGGGUAGUUGUGCGGUGGAAUACAGGUUAUUGUUGACGGAUGUGGGCGAAGAAAAAUAUGGAAAGAGUUUCUGGGAUGAUGGAAGUGGAGAUAGUUCUAUUGAGAAGGGAAUGAGUCUGUUAUUCUGGCUCAUAUUCGUGGGAGUCUUGGGCUGGAUCCUCUACUCAAUGUUUCAAAAUUGGGGACAGGGACCCGCCAACGGUCAAGUCAGAAGAGGCGGAGGAGGGGGGUUCGGAGGAUGGGGAGGAGGUGGAGCAGGAGGACCAGGCGACGAUGACCCUCCGCCACCUUAUCCGGGAACUGGAAAACGUUCCACAAGAAACUAUGGAGCUGCUGAACAGGCGUGGAGACCUGGAUUUUGGUCCGGUGCAGCGGCAGGUGCUGCUGGAGGUUAUUUUGCUGGAAACAGAGCGAAUAGACAACAAAAUCAAGGUGGUGGUGGUUGGGGAGGUGGAAGCGGAAGUGGAUGGGGUGCAGGCUCUGGAAGCUCAAGCGCAAGCUCUCCAUCCUCCAACACUCGCUCAAACACAGGGUUCGGGUCUACAUCCAGAAGAUAA